GGCACAAUAAAACGCAUGUCGUUUAAAGUCGCGGAUUUAUCCUCCGCUUCCCUUCUAGAAACACAACUCAACUCAUCAAUCGAAAGCAUUAGUGAGAAACAAAGCAAAGAUACAUACAGAGAGAUGGUGGCACUCAAAGACAUAGUGCCAGCAGCACAGAACAACAUAGACACAAGGUUCAUACUUUUGGACAAAGCCUCUAUGAACACAUCCUCAUCACAAGGCCAAAACAAGACAUGCCUGGCACUCGUGGCCGACGAGACGGCGGCGGUCCACUUUCAGCUGUGGGGGGAGGAGUGCGAUGCAUUCGAGCCCGGUGACAUCAUACACUUGAGCAAUGGGAUCUUCUCUUACAGCAGGAACAGUCUUCUGCUGAGGGCGGGCAAGAGAGGCAAAAUAGAAAAGGUUGGAGAGUUCACCAUGGCAUAUGUGGAGACACCAAACAUGAGUGAGAUUCGUUGGGUUCCUGACCCCAACAGCUCUCACAAGUACAUACAGGAGGCUGUAAUUUCUCCACAUUCACGUAUAUUUCCACCCAAAUACUAAUAUCAUCAUCAAGCUCUUCUUCUGGCAA